UGCCUCAGCCCAAAUCAGAUGAUGGCAACACGAGAGCUGAAAGUGUGUCUUCUCGGGGAUACUGGAGUUGGAAAGUCAAGCAUUGUUUGCCGAUUUGUACAGGAUCACUUUGACCACAACAUCAGCCCUACAAUUGGUGCUUCUUUCAUGACUAAAACUGUGCCUUGUGGAAAUGAACUUCUUAAGUUUCUCAUCUGGGAUACGGCUGGUCAGGAACGUUUCCAUUCAUUGGCACCCAUGUACUAUCGAGGAUCUGCAGCAGCUGUUAUAGUGUAUGAUAUCACUAAACAGGAUUCUUCUAAUACCUUGAAGCAAUGGGUGAAAGAAUUAAAAGAACAUGGUCCAGGAAAUAUUGUAAUGGCCAUCGCUGGAAACAAAUGUGAUCUCUCAGAUAUUAGGGAGGUUCCCAUGAAGGAUGCCAAGGAAGAUGCUGAAUCCAUAAGAGUAGUUGUAGUCGAAACAAGUGCAAAAUGUGCUAUUAAUAUUGAGGAACUCUUUCAAGGAAUCAGUCGUCAGAUCCCACCCUUGGACCCUCAUGAAGAUGGGAACAACGGAGCAAUCAAGCUUGGAAAGCAGCCACCACAAACUAGCAGGCGAUGUUGCUGACCCCAUGGGAUAUCAUCUGAUGUACUUGAAGAACUCAAUUCCCAUUUUCUUGUGCACUGACAAAAGGACUUCCCACUCUUGGUAACUUGGUGCCUUGUUAAAAAAAAAAAAAUCCCAGCUCUGCAUUUUGAGAAAUAUUCAGACAUCACAGCCAGAAAGUCUCCCUGGGAAAGGAUUUUGCAGAAACUUUUGAAAAAUCCUUAGUCAUACUAUUUAUACUGAU